AUGCCUUCAAUUAAGCUGCAGAGUUCUGAUGGAGAGAUAUUCGAAGUUGAUGCUGAAAUUGCAAAACAAUCUGUGACUAUCAAGACCAUGUUGGAAGAUUUGGGAAUGGAUGAUGAAGGAGAUGAUGAUCCAGUCCCCUUGCCAAAUGUUGAUGCAGCAAUAUUAAAGACGGUCACUCAGUGGGGCACCCCCCACAAGGAUGCUUCUCCUCCUCCUGAGGAUGAUGAGAACAAAGAAGAGCGAGCAGAUGACACCCCUAUUUGGGAUCAAGAAUUCCUGAAAGCUGACCAAGGAACACUUUUCGAGCUUAUAUUGGCUGCAAACGACUUAGACACCAAAGGUUUGCUUGAUGUUACCUGUAAGAAUGUUGCCAAUAUGAUCAAGGGGGAAACUCCUGAGCAGAUUCAAAAGACAUUCAAUAUCAAAAAUGAUUUUACUGAAGAAGAGGAAGCCCAAGUAUGCAAAGAGAACCAGUGGUGUGAGAAGUGA